GCAAAAUGCUCUGCCCAGCGGGCGCCGUCGCGUUUGCUGCCUGCGUUCCUCUCCAAGGAUGAUAAGGCGCAUGGAUGCAUUCGUCCCGGACCUCGUUCGUAAAUGUGAUAAUACUACCAACAUCAUUUUUCUCCAACUACCCUUAAUCUGAUCUCUGUUUUUCGCCCUCCCGUAUGUGUGUGUGGACUGUGCUCAUCUCUAACCUGCCAUCACUGUAGCCCCCCGCGUUGCGUUGGCGCUGCGGAAUAGCCUACAAGAACAAGAGCCAGCUCACAGCCGUGGAAACAAGCGAAUCAAUUUAGGGAAGAGAAAAGGAGAGAUAGAUAGCGAGGUUGGGAAAACUGACGAUCGGGAGAGGGGACGAGAGGAGAGAAAACAUCGACCUUACGCCGCAGCCGCCGAAACAUUAAGAACUUGAGGAUGGGAGGUCAAGGCAACAGGCGUCCUGCUUGCAGAUUCAAGUGAGAAGCAACAGCCUCUGUGGAGUCAACACUUUCACGAGCAAAUUCUCCCCCAAAUUUUAUGUCUAUCUAAUUAUUGUCAUGGGAACAAAUAAUACAUGGUUCCCUAAAAUGACAUGUUGAAAAGAACAAGGUGCUUGAUAGUGAGCAAAGUAAAAUAAGAAUCUAUUAAUGAUAAAUGCAGCCUUAAAUAUAACGUCAUCCUUUUCACUCUCAAUUUUUAAAGUGACUGCUUGAAGGAGAAAAAACUGAAUAAGAGCAUUAAAUAUGAACAUCAACAUAAGCACUUAAAUUCCCUUGUUUGGAGGUGACCUAUCAACAUCAUAGCAAUAGGGGUGGGUCAUGACUCAGUUGCCAUGCGUGUUGUCAUGGUGACCAGCCCCUGUACCCCUUCCCCCCUCCUCUGGUUGGUCCAGCUUUUGUUGUGGUUUCACAACCAUGGACCUCAGCUGACAGAGGCAGCACCCCCCUGCCCCACCCCCUGUACCUGCUCCAAUCAGGCGAGCCGUGUCAUCUGUACAAGGAAGACUUUAGAUGAAGUCCCAGACAGUAUUUCAGAGAACACAAGAUACCUCAAUCUACAAGAGAACUCAAUUCAGGUGAUCAAGUCUGACACCUUUAAGCAUCUGCGGCAUUUGGAAAUCCUCCAGCUCUCCAAGAACCACAUCCGGCAGAUUGAGGUGGGAGCUUUCAAUGGCCUUCCUAACCUCAACACGCUGGAGCUUUUUGACAACCGUCUCACAGUGGUACCGUCACAAGCCUUUGAGUACCUCAGCAAGCUAAGGGAACUAUGGCUACGAAACAACCCCAUCGAGACGCUGCCGGCAUUUGCCUUUCACCGUGUUCCCUCUUUACGCCGUCUCGAUCUAGGGGAACUCAGGAAACUGGAUUUCAUCUCAGAGGCUGCCUUUGAAGGUCUGGUCAACUUGCGCUUCUUGAAUCUUGGCAUGUGUGGCUUGAAGGACAUCCCUAACCUCACCCCACUUGUACGACUAGAGGAGUUGGAGCUGUCAGGGAACCAGCUGGGGAUAGUCAGACCUGGAUCCUUUCAGGGCCUAGUGUCGCUUCGCAAGCUGUGGCUAAUGCACUCCAGAGUGUCAGUCAUUGAACGCAAUGCUUUUGAUGACCUCAAAAACUUAGAGGAGCUCAACCUCUCCCACAAUUCCCUGCAUUCCCUGCCUCAUGACCUCUUCACCCCUUUGCACCAGUUGGAGAGGGUACAUCUCAACCACAACCCUUGGGUUUGCAACUGUGAUGUUCUGUGGCUCAGCUGGUGGCUGAAAGAAACAGUUCCCAGCAACACCACAUGUUGUGCUCGCUGCCAUGCGCCCCCAGGUCUAAAGGGCAAGUACAUUGGGGAACUAGAUCAGAGCCACUUUACCUGCUAUGCCCCAGUGAUUGUUGAGCCACCCACUGACCUUAAUGUCACUGAGGGCAUGGCUGCUGAGCUGAAAUGUCGUACUGGAACCUCGAUGACCUCUGUGAAUUGGUUCACUCCAAAUGGCACUCUGAUGACCCAUGGAUCAUACCGAGUUAGGAUCUCAGUGCUUCAUGACGGAACACUGAACUUCACAAAUGUGACCGUGCAAGACACUGGGCAGUAUACUUGCAUGGUAACCAACUCCGCCGGAAACACCACUGCAACCGCCGUGCUCAAUGUGUCUGCUUCAGAUCCCAGCAACAGCUACAGCUAUUUCACCACUGUUACUGUGGAAACAGUAGAUACAGUAGGAGGAGGAGGAGAUGAUAAGAACUCAGCAAGACAGUAUAUUAACGAGACCUUCAUAGAGUUCCCUAAUCCUACGGUUCAAAGAGGGGUGUCAGAUGGUCAACCUGGCAUCACUAUAUCUCCUUCUCUCUCUUCUCUUUCAUCACUGUCCCCACGAGCUAACAAAGUGGCUGAAAAUGCAGUGACUGUGUCCAUAAUUGAUGUAACUAACAUUCCAGGCCUAGAUGAUGUAAUGAAAACAACUAAGAUCAUUAUUGGUUGCUUUGUGGCCAUUACUUUUAUGGCAGCUGUAAUGUUGGUGGUCUUCUAUAAACUCCGGAAGCAGCACCAGCUACACAAGCACCACGGCCCUGCCAGAGCCAUUGAAAUUGUCAAUGUAGAAGAUGAGAUUGGAGCCGGGGCCGGCAGUGGCAUCUCAGGUGGUUCAACCAUGAAUUCUGGCGGUGGUGGAGAAGGAACCCUACGGAUACAUCAUCCAGAAAUAGUCAACCUACCCAACAUUGGCCGUUCAGAUACUCUGAACCAUUACUACAAGACCCAUCAUUUCAACAACAACGUGAUGGGUCUUAGUAUUGGCACCGAAGGGAUGGGACCAGGAGGGAUCCUCAAUAACAAGCAAGGCCAGGAUAUUCCCAUCUCCUGUACCUCAGCCCCAAUCUCUACAUCCAAUUUGCUCACCACAUCAGGCAAUGGCAUCAACACCAACCCCAGUUCUAUGUCCCCACCUCUGCCAAUGUCCCUCCCCAUGCCUACAAUGGGCUUACAUGGAUCGAUCAAAGGUUUCAUGGGCCAAAACCAGAAUCCCCAAAUGGAGCCUCUUCUCUUCAAGGGGAGCUCGAAGGAAAAUGUCCAAGAGACUCAGAUCUAAAAACAAAGCGAGAGUAUAGAGAGAGAGUGAGCAAGAGUCGAAGACAGAGAGGGGAUUGAUGUUGGGUUUAUGCGCGGAAUGAUUAGACACUAGAGUGCAUUGACAUUACACCAGGAGAGAGGAUAGACUGACACGGCAAUACACAAACACAUAGACUUAUCCGUGACAGUGUACUGAGCCAAGGAUUACCACAAUGGGCCACUUGUGUUUGUAGUAACGAUCAUGGCCAUGGAGAUCAAGGAAUGGACAUUGCUACAAUGUAAAUCUGUGCCAAAGCAAAUGUUUUUUGCAGUUUCUACAAGCUGUGCUCUCAUAGGGAAAAACUAGCCUUUCAGAGUAAUCAGUCCCCAAAUCGUUGUUGGCCAGCAGAGAUGAAAGACAUGCACAGCACUUACCACACUGAAGAUCUGCGAUAUUACCGAACAAAAUCCAAGAGACAUUUUCUUCCACACAAAACACAAGCCACACUCUCUCUCAAGUGACUCAAUUGACUCCCUCAAGGUGACAAUUAUGUAGGCAUAAAUAGAUGGACAAAAAGGUACAGUGCAGUACAAACUACUGUGAAAAAUCCACAAAUUAUAUAAAUAUAUUUUCAUUUAAAUAUGUAUCAUUGCAGACUCCGAUGCAGAGAUAUUUUGGGGUGGAUGUAUAAGCUGGUAUAGUUUGUUUCUUUGUGAAUAAUCAGGGGCGGUGAUAGGGGAGGUUGGUUAUGAUACAUGUUUUAAGUUUGGCUACUUCUCAGAAACAUAAGGGCUCAAUUGCAACACUCAUUGUGAAUCUUUGAAUUGGCUUUGUGACAUGAAGUCCAUUUAGGUUGUAGAACAGUAAAUGCAGAUCUCUGUUUGACAAACUUUUGUCUGUUGCUUCAGUAAUAAUCAUUACAAACUUUUGUGUUCUGAGAGUGUAUUAUGUAUUUUGUAAAAGCCAGCUACUUGGUAUUUGAAUUGACAAUUCUGAUACUUAAAUGCCAGCAUCAAAUAAUGGUAAAAUGAUGUUCCACAAACAAGGAAAGGUAAUCCAAUGCAAAGACCUGUAUGGGUAAAAUAAAGUGUUGACAAUGUGUUAUUUGAACCAGAUCAGUAGCCAGAUAUUUGCUUUUAGACAGGAAUUUGAUAUGACCUCCUUGUUCAUGGUUACCAUAAUCAUGCCAUAAAAUGCUGUCAUAAGGAUGAUUAGACAUCUAUCUGCAGCAGCAUUCAAGAAAUGAUUAAACAUCCAUCUUAAGAUGAUUGGAAUGAAUGGAAAUGUACAGUAUAUUAAUAAUAACAAUGUCUGGUUGUAUGACAAUUGUAAGAUCCACAUUUUUACAGUGUAACUUUCAUAUGUUAAAUGCCAUUUACGCUUCUUGCGUUUCAACUAUGUAUUUCUUUAUUUUUGUUAGUUUGAUAUAAUGUGUACAGUUGUCUAGCCAUGUAUCAUUACGUGUGAAAUAAAUCAAUCAUAUAUUG